GGUUCAAUGUGCUGCUGGAAAGAUGCUUUGCAACAACAAGUCCAAAUCCAAUGCAAAGCGGCCAUUAUGGCCUGUUUGUGUGGAAUACAUGGGAUGCACAAGCUAUGGUGGAGAUCAAUGGGGUGUCGCAAAAAGCGCUCUUCUCCUUUGAAGCCUUCAGACUGGUGGACAAUGAGUAUGAGGCAGUUUCCACUUUCUAUUUGCACUGUGUCACCAGACUCUGUGAGAUGUCUAAAUGUCGCUCCUUACUGUCUAAAUGUGGAUCUCUUGAGAGACUGUCCGAGAAGAGAAAGGCCAACAAAUACGUCUCAGAGAGCACUAUAGUAACUUCACCUGCCAUCCACGUGAGAAGCCAGAGGAGGAAAGCCGUGACGCCUGUGUUGAGUGACAUAGAUUUUCCUACAGAUCUGCCAGCUGACUCAGUCUUUGAUGAUUCUCCAUCGUUGAAGUGCAACAGGAUCCCUGUAAUGCUUGUAAUUGUGUGCAGUGUCAUCAAAACUGUUUUACUGUCCAUUUGAAAAACAGUCAUCCCAUUAUAUCCCACAGUCAUGAAGGAAUAUUGAUUAAAAAAAAUGUAAUGCUGGAUAAAAGAAAUGUCAGUUUGGUCAGCCAUUAUUUAGGCUCAAUAUUUACUGAAGUUUGGAGAUAAUAGUUCAUAUUUUAUGCAUUGAAAAAAAUAUUUAGUGAAACUGUUUUAGCAGUUGGAUUACAUUGAAUUCAGUCUGUAUGGCCAUUUUGCAUUAUGAAUACAUGUUGCUGUUAA